AUGGAAGAACCCUUUUGGUACGGUUUAGCUCUCAUCAUCUUCACCUUGCUUCUCAAGCUAUCCACAACUAAACUUAGACAAAAACACAAGAAGAACUUGCCCCCAAGCCCACCAUCUCUUCCCAUGAUCGGUCAUCUCCAUCUUGUAAAACAACCAAUCCACCGAACCCUCCAAGCCCUUACUGAAAAAUUCGGCAAAGUUCUACUACUCCGCUGGGGUUCACGCAGAGUCCUCUUGGUUUCUCCGCCUUCGGUAGCGGAAGAGCUUUUCACAAAGCAUGACAUCAUCUUCGCCAGCCGGCCACGCUUGCUUGUAGGAAAACACUUUGCCUACGACUUCACAACAGUCACUUUGGCUCCCUAUGGAGACCUCUGGCGCAACCUCCGCCGCGUUAUGACUCUUGAGGUCUUCUCCUCUGCUCGCCUUGCGCAGUUUUCGAGUAUCAGGCAAGGAGAAGUCCGCUUGUUACUAAAUCAGACAAUGAAGAGUUGUGCUAAGAGCAUGACAAAGGUCGAGCUCAAGGCAAAGUUUACGGAGCUUUCGUUUAAUGUGAUGACGAUGAUGGCUGUGGGGAAGAGAUACUACGGUGAAAAUGUUUUGGAUGCUGAAGAGGCUAAGAAUAUACAAAAGGUUAUUAGGGACGGAGUGGACAUAUCCGGGGCAACAAAUUUCGGAGACUUUUUUCCGUUCUUACAAUGGAUGGAUAUGACGGGAAUUGAGAAGAAGAUGGUGAGCUUGAUGGCAAAAAUGGACAACUUUUUGCAGGGCUUGGUUGAUGAGCGCCGUGAAAUUUUGUCAGCGACUUGUGGAUCCAAUAGGAAAGAGGUCAAGAAGUUGAUGAUUGAUAACUUGUCGGCGCUCCAAGAAAAGGAACCCCAAUUCUACACUGAUCAAAUUAUCAAGGGAAUUAUUACGGUACGUAAUUCAUCUUUAAAUCAUUCUAUUGCCCUGGAGGCAAUGGAGAAAGUAAGAGCCGAAAUAGACACCAAGGUUGGACAAGAGCGUCUGUUGGAAGAGCAAGACUUGCCAAAGCUCACUUACUUACAAAAUGUGAUCAAUGAAACACUUCGCUUGUACCCACCCACUCCACUUCUGGUGCCUCAUGAAGCCUCUGAGGAUUGUGUGGUAAGGGGAUUUGAUGUGCCACGUCAUACUAUGUUAUUCAUUAAUGCGUGGGCCAUCCAUAGGGACCCUGAGCUGUGGGAGGACCCUACAAAAUUUAAGCCGGAGAGGUUUGAGGGAUGGAGUGGGGAGGGCUCUGAAGGGUACAAGCUAAUUGCGUUUGGAGCUGGAAGGCGUGGAUGUCCAGGGGCUGGCCUAGCAAGCAGGUUGGUUCGAUUGGCACUGGGAAGUUUGGUUCAGUCAUUUGAGUGGGAGAGGAUUGGUGAAGAGAAUGUGGAUAUGAGUGAAGGUUUGAGGCUUACCAUGCCAAGGGCCAAGCCCUUGGAGGCUAUGUGCAAACCACGCCCACUCAUGCUAGCUUAG